AUGAUCCGCUUCGACAGCAUCCCGUUCGAAAUCCAGCAGGCCAUGUGCACUCCAAUGCACAGGAUUCUUGCCCCCACCCCGCUACCUAAUGAUCCUUCCAAGAUCACCGGUUCGCUAUACCUGGGUUCUUUAGCCGCCGUGUGCGAGAAAGACCUCCUUCGAGACCACCACAUCACCCAUCUCGUUCAAGUUCUAGACGUACCCUGGUUCCCAAUCUCCGAGAAGGAUGGGUUCAGCUGCUAUCGCAUUGAUAUCCUAGACCAGGCAUCCUCAGACCUCAGGCCCCACCUCGAGGACGCGUGCAACUAUAUAGAUAGGGCCCUCCGAGGUGGGAAGAACGUUCUCGUUCACUGCCAGCAGGGUAUAUCUCGGAGCGCAUCCAUUGUCAUUGCGUUCCUAAUUCGCAAUCGGGGUAUGUCCUAUGAUAGUGCAUAUUCGCUGGUGAGACACGAACGCGCGUGUAUAAAGCCAAAUCCUGGAUUUGUUCAGGCUUUGCAGGAAUGGGAAGGGAUAUGGCGUCGUCCUCCUCCAGGUCGACGGUUUACUUCAUGA